GCGCGCACCGGCCCGGAGGCUCCGGCAGCUGGGCGCGGGGGGCGCGCGGACCGCCAGGGUCCCGGGGCUUCCGGCCGCUGCUGCUCGCCCCCUGCGCUUGGAAGCCGCGCGCAGAAUGGGCAGGUGCGGCUUCUACACGGCGGGGACGCUGUCCCUGCUCCUGCUGGUGACCAGCGUCACGCUGCUAGUGGCCCGUGUCUUCCAGAAGGCCGUGGACCAGGCCGUCCAGAAGAACGUAGUGCUAAGGAACGGCACCGAGAUCUUCGACUCCUGGGAGAAGCCCCCUCUGCCCGUGUACACCCAGUUCUAUUUCUUCAACGUCACCAAUCCGGAGGAGAUCCUCAGAGGAGAGAAGCCGCUGUUACAAGAAGUGGGGCCGUACACCUACAGGGAGCUCAGAAACAAAGCAAACAUUCAGUUUGGAGAUAAUGGAACAACAAUAUCUGCUGUUAGCAACAAGGCCUAUGUUUUUGAACGAAACCAAUCUGUUGGAGACCCUAAAAUUGACUUAAUUAGGACGUUAAAUAUUCCUGUCUUGACUGUCAUAGAGUUGGCCCAGAACCCCCUGCUCCGGGAGAUCGUGGAGGCCAUGCUGAAAGCCUACCAGCAGAAGCUCUUUGUGACGCACACGGUGGACGAAUUGCUGUGGGGCUACAAAGACGAGAUCCUGUCCCUCAUCCACGUUUUCCGACCUGACAUCUCCCCCUAUUUCGGCCUGUUCUACGGGAAAAACGGGACUAAUGACGGAGACUAUGUGUUCCUCACCGGAGAAGACAGUUACCUUAACUUUACAAAGAUUGUGGAAUGGAAUGGAAAAACGGCACUCGACUGGUGGGCCACGGACAAGUGCAACAUGAUCAAUGGCACAGAUGGCGACUCUUUUCACCCACUCGUCACCAGCGAUGAAGUCCUCUAUGUCUUCCCAUCUGAUCUCUGCAGGUCAGUGUACAUCACUUUCAGCGGCUUCGAGAGUGUCCAGGGAGUGCCUGCCUUCCGGUACAAGUUGCCUGCAGAAAUAUUAGCCAACACCUCCGAGAACGCCGGCUUCUGUCUCCCGCAGGGAAACUGCCUGGGCUCGGGCGUGCUCAACGCCAGCAUCUGCAAGGACGGUGCUCCCAUUAUCAUGUCUUUCCCACACUUUUACCAAGCAGAUGAGAGGUUUGUUUCUGCCAUAGGAGGCAUGCAUCCAAACAAGGAAGACCACGAGACCUUUGUGGACAUUAAUCCCUUGACUGGAAUUAUCCUACGAGCAGCCAAGAGGUUCCAGAUCAACAUUUAUGUCAAGAAAUUAGAUGACUUCCUUGAAACAGGGGACAUCAGAACCAUGGUUUUCCCAGUGAUGUAUCUCAACGAGAGUGUUCUCCUUGAUAAAGAGUCUGCAAGGCGACUCAAGUCUGUGAUUAACACGACUCUGAUUAUCACCAACGUCCCCUACAUCAUCAUGGCCCUGGGUGUGCUCCUGGGUUUGGUCUUCACCUGGCUUGCGUGCCGAGGACAGGGGUCGAUGGAUGAGGGAACGGCAGAUGAAAGAGCGCCUCUCAUAAGAACCUAAGUGGACGGGGACCACCGCUGAGCUUGGAGAAGGCACUCAGCCUGCGUGGUCCUGACCUAGACCACAGCUGGGCACGGCCUCCGCGUCCUCACGGGCUGUGGCCUGGGGAAGGGAGGGAAGACGCCGUGCCGGCAGGUGUUGCGAGCAUUCUGGCCAGAGGUUGAUGGACAGACGGGCUGACAAUGCUGGCCAUUGUGCUUCAUAAAAUCACGUGCUCUGAAAUUGUUUUCUCAUGUGUCUAGCAGGUAUUUAAUGAGCUCCUUUAGUUUUUUGUUGUCGUUGGGUGUUGGUAGCUCCAGAACUCUGUGAGCACUGCUGUGGAUUUAAUGUCUCUGCACCACUUUUUGUGCUGCUUGGUCUAACCUUACUCAGUUUGCUUCAUUUACCAAACUUUGGGCUCAGAAUCCAUGUGUACCAUUUUGUGUUCUGUUCCUCCAUUUCACUCCCAAAACUGAAGUAAAUAAGAGUUUGGAACCCAGGGUACACUGGUAGCCUCAUCCAAAUCACCAUUCUAACGCACCUGCUUUCUGCUUUUUAAGAUACUACGUAUUGCCUUUUAUGCUCAUCUUCAGUUCAUAAUUCCCCCGGGAAAAGAACUCUGCUCUGUACUGGGUAGGAGCCUGGCAGGGAAGGGACUGGGUGGGUUGGGACUCCUAAGGCGAAGUGGUGAACUUUGAACUUUUGUGAACCGAGAUGUGUAAGUGAUGCCUACGUAAUGCUGGGGAUGGUGAGUACAGCUGUUUCGUGUAGAGCAGGGCUCCCUGCUAGUUACAGCACUUGUGGACAGUUAAGUGGUGUGGUUUUAGUCACAAUGAUCUUGAUGUAGGAAGAUGCUUCUGGGAGAAUGCAAUCAGUAACCUCCCCAGUCACCUGCCAACCUUGCUUCUGUGUUGGUUGCAAUUUUAUUGAGUACUUCCCAGUACUAGUGAGUGAUUAUUUGUAAAACUGGAAUAUAGGAAAUCCAUCCACCCAAAGACUAAGUUACACGGAACUUUCUGUCUGACUAGACCACAGUGACAUUUCUUCUGGGCAAGGCUUCUUUGUAGCUUUGAAAUAGUUUUUUUAAUCCGAUCUUUUCUCAGAUUGGGUUUCUUCCAGUGUUUUUUGGACUUGCUGUCACUGAACAGAGAAAAACGCGCCCUACACUUCCCAUGACAAUCAUUUUGCCGACAGCAUGAUGAGGCUUGAAAAUAUUACACGAAAGUGCUGGAAGGCAAGGUCUUCUGGGAACAGAAGCAGAACUCAGAAGUCUCCUUGGCUUUCGGUGUGGCCUCAGCCGGAGCACUGGGCUCCACCGAACACCACGGUGUUAAGCAUUCAAGCAGAUCGUAGGGCAUUUUGAUUGUCAGAAGUCACCACUCAUUUUCAAUUGAGAAGCCGGUAUAGUUAACCUGGCGCAGUGCUUACAGAAUUUCUUAAUUACUGAAUCAUUCUAGAAGCUUCUUUGUUUAAGACUGGAUUUUGGUGUAAGCAAAUGAAAGAGGAAGCCCUGGCCUUCAUAGCUGCUUCUCCCUUUAUGCAGGUAAAGGUCCCUUGAGCUUAGCACAUCCAGUCUUCCCUUUCUCUACACUAACACAGUAUGUGACAGGUUACCCUUCCUGAAGGGUGGAUUCAUUCAGCUCUCGACUUCUCGAUAAAUCAAGGUAGGAUUUUUAGGUGCCCCGAAUUGCCAAAAUGUAAAAAAUAAAACUGAAAAUAAUUGGUCUUCAGGAAUGCUAAACAUCUACUAUUUUUGGAAUGUAUCAGUAUUCAACGAGAUAAUUGCCAUGCCUAACUCCUGCCGCUACUUAUCCACGCUAAUCAAAUUGGUAAGCCAGUGCACGCUCAUUGGUUCAGUCCUGUGUUCAGGAUGUAACCGUCCUUGAAGGGACAUUUGUAAAAGCAGUGGAGGAUGGCAGUGAAUCGUGCACACAUUGAGCCUGAACUUCGCACAGGCAUGUCUGUGUCUGAUUCUGAAUAGGUACUUGGCUUACAAUCACAUUGAUUUACUUUCCUUCCAAAAGGCCCCCACAAACCCAAAAACUGAAGUCAGAAUUCUGACUUGGUUCAGAAGAAUGAAUGUUCCAAUUUGGUUUUAGGUUGAAAAUAAACUUCCUCGUGCUCAUUCUCUUGCAGCCAUUAUCCUGGAAAGAACCCCCCUCCCCCCAUUGUCAGCAUUGUCAGGAUCCCAGAAUGCAGGUGGCCCAACCUGUGAUGCCCAACUUCCAGAGAAACCGAGACAGAGAGCUUCACUCACUCCUCUCAGGGAACAUUGGGAGCAGCGCCCGGGGCAGGACAUGGGCUUUGUCACUUUCAGCUCCAUAUUUUUCCCCACUACACUUUCUUGCCUCGUGUUCUAGGAAGAGCACUAAGGGUCAAGUGGAACAAGUACUACAUGACUAACCCCUAUUGGGGUUCUUACUUAGAGGGGGCUGAGUUUGAAUUGAAAUCGCUUGAGGUCUGAGUUCUGCAGCAGGGAUCCCCAGACGGGGCCUUCUGGGCAGGGUGACUGCAGGAAGUGGCCUGUGCCUGUAAAAGAAAACACUAAUCAGAACGCACUUCAUGUAGCCUACAAACCUGGUUCAUUUCAUCUGAUUGACUUGUUUCCUGCUCCUCUUGAUGCAAUGAAAUGUUUCACUAAUAAAAACACUUUAUAUAAAACAGCA